AACAUAUCCCAACAUCAUCAUCUUUAUCAAAAUCUUUUAUCGAAAACUUGCCAGAGGUAUAAAAAAAAAAAAAAAAUUGCCAGAGACUGAGUCAGAGACACCCAGACAGAAAGAUAGAACAACAAAAGUAUUUAGUAAAUAUACCUUCGAGAACUAAAAUGGCACUUCGUCUUUAUCAAAAACUUCGACACCCAUUUGUCCCUCCAAGUAAUCUUUCCAUUAAAGCCACUCCAACUCGCAGAUUCUCUGUUCACAACUCUAUCACUAUGCCACAAUCCGACCACUCACGCAAGCUAGUUUUGGAAGUUAAAGAGAAGCUUGAAAAAGAGUACCCUAGUCUCCCUAUAGGCAAAAAUGGAAGAGAUGAUGAAGAUAUGAUCCUAUGGUUUCUCAAGGACCGGAGGUUUUCCACCGAAGAUGCUGUUGCAAAAUUGACUAAAGCCAUUAAAUGGCGUCAAGAAUUCAAGGUGUCUGAAUUGUCUGAAGAGUCAGUGAAAAAUGUAGCUCAAACUGGAAAGAGCUAUGUGCAUGAUUUUCUUGAUGUCAAUGACAGACCCGUGCUUAUAGUAGUGGCAUCCAAGCAUUUUCCUGGAAUGCAGGAUCCUGUAGAGGAUGAGAAGCUCUGUGUGUUUCUGAUUGAGAAAGCAUUGGGUAAGCUUCCAGCUGGGAAAGAAGAAAUUCUCGGAAUAUUUGAUCUUCGGGGCUUUGGCACCAAGAAUGCAGAUAUUAAGUUUUUGACUUUUUUGUUUGAGUUGUGUUACUAUUACUAUCCAAAGCGAUUGGGCCAAGUCCUCUUUGUGGAAGCUCCAUUUGUGUUUAAGCCAAUCUGGCAGUUUGCCAAGCCCAUGAUGAAAUCAUAUGCUUCUCUGGUGAGAUUUUGCUCAGUGGAUAUUGUCAGGAAGGAAUAUUUUACAGAAGCAACAUUGCCUGCUAGCUUUAGAGACUGAAAUGGCUUAUUAAAAUACAAAUUUUUAGUUGUGCGUUUCAUGAUUUGGAAUUUGAGAAGAACUGCAGUGGAGAUAGUUCACAACUUCUUCAGGAUGACUGGGAUUUUACAGGUUGAACUUAUUCAAUUCUUCCUAGUCCUGCACUUCAAUGGAAUAUUGUUAAGCCAAUAUGACAGAAAAAUGCCUUUCUUGAAGAUUUGUGCUAAGUAGGACAAAAGAACUGAUCUAGAUCUCUUUAUUUAUUUAUUUUUUUUAAAUUGUAUUAAAUAGGAGAAAGGAUUAGAGGUCUGAGAUGAAAAUAGGCUCAAAUCUAUUACUAUAAAAGGCUUAUUAAGCCAAAUUGUGGACUGCCAAGCA